AUGGCCCUCAAGAGACUUCUUUUCUUCCAUCAACAUCGUCUCAAGAGACUUCCACCGACGGACAAGCCGCGCUCAGGAUCGUGGUCAAGCAACAGUGAAGACGUCGACUACUUGUCGCCCAUGACAUACAAGACCUGCAAUGCAGAGGACAGCUGCCUAAAAAACCAUUCCGGUUCGCCGGAACAGGCCACUGAGGUUUCGAGGGGAGGGACCGGGACUUCUUCGGGAGCGGGUGACAGCCAUGAUGGCUCCGACCACGGCCACGGCGGCCAUGGUCAUGACCCCGAGAAGGACCCGGCUCUCCGCUAUGGAGACCUUCCUGGUACGGCAGCAUUGACGAGGCUGGAGACGAAACUCGAGUUCCCCGAGGGCGGGCUGCAGGCCUGGCUCGUGGUGUUCGGUUCGUUCUGUGCCAUGCUCUCCGUAUUCGGACUCAUCAACACGGCUGCCGUGUUUGAGUCGUACUUUUCUGAAAAUCAACUGUCCGACUACACGGCGUCGGAGAUUGGAUGGAUCUUCAGUCUAUACCUGUUUGUUGUCUUCUUCGUCGGCAUUCAGGUGGGGCCCGUCUUCGACAAGUACGGGCCUCGUCUCGUCGUCGCCAUCGGUGGCGUGCUCAUGGCGGGCAGUUUGCUGAUUCUCAGCGUGUGCGAAGGUUACUACCAGAUCAUGCUCUCCUACUCGGUGAUGGGAGGGCUCGGCGGUGCGCUCCUCAACACGCCGGCAUACGGAGCGAUCGCUCAUUUCUUCAAUGUCAAGCGGGGCUUCGCCACCGGUAUCGCGGCUACGGCCGGCUCGAUCGGUGGUAUCGUGUUUCCUGUCUUGCUGCAGAAGCUUCUUCCGAAGCUCGGAUUCGGAUGGACGGCGCGCAUCCUAGGUUUCAUCCUGCUGGGACUGGCGGUGCCUGCGAAUCUGUUCAUCCGUUCCCGCCUGCCUCCCAGGGACAAGCUGACGUCGGUGUGGCCCGAUCUCACAGUGUUCAAGGACAUGAAGUUUACCAUCUCGGCGGUGGGCAUCUUCUUCAUGGAGUGGGGGCUGUUUGUGCCGCUGACGUACAUCGUGUCCUACGCGGCACGGUAUUCGGCUUCGGGCAACGCGACAGACUCGUACACACUGCUGUCGAUCAUGAAUGCUGGGUCGGCCCUCGGCCGUUUCAUCCCGGGUUUCGUGGCUGACAAGAUUGGCCGGUUCAACGUCAUCAUCUUUACGAUUGCCAUGUGCAUCGUCACGACUUUCGGACUGUGGUUGCCGGCGGGUGACUCGGAGCCGAUGCUGAUUGCGUUUGCUGUUCUCUUCGGAUUCGCCAGCGGCAGCAACCUCGGGUUGAUCCCCGUGUGCCUGGGACAGCUGUGUGACCCUCGUGACUACGGACGAUUCCUGUCGACGGCCAUGAUGGUGGCCAGUUUCGGAACGUUGAGCAGCCUGCCCAUUGCCGGCGCUAUUCUGGAGGCAGGCGGGCGCGCCGAUGUUGGAUGGCGUGCCGUCAUUGCCUUCGGCGGCCUGUCGUAUGUCAUUGCCCUUGGCUGCUAUAUGGCGGCGAGAGUCAUGGCCGUUGGCUGGAGUCUCAAGAAGGUCUUCUAA